GUUGUUGCCAUAGCAACGUAAACUUAGUUCCUCAACAACUAGCGUUAGCUUCAUCCGCAGUGUUGGAAAACUAAUACGUGUGUUUAUCCACUUUAACUGGGCUUUCUUGUAACAAUGGAAGCUGAGCGUCAAGUUUUCGGGACAACAUCAAAGAUAAUUCCUCUUGCCAUACCCAGGGGAACGGAAAAGUUGUGUGAACUUUGUCAAAGACGAGCGCACCUGCAAUGCGACAAUUGUUGCGUCACCUUUUACUGUGAUGCAGCGCACCAGCAGGCUGAUUGGGUGGGGAUCCAUGAAAAAAUCUGUCAGUUGCUUAUUCCCAUUCGCACCCCAACACUCUUUAGUCUCCAGCGGACUGGCCGCAUUGAAAUACAGCUUAAAAAGGCAGAGCUGAUUGAGAUUUGCAGGUCAGUGGCUCAGAGCAAACUCUCUGAGGGGAAACACCAGGAGGCUUUGCCUGCUGCCCAGUUCUGCCUGUGCUGUUCCAUGGAUGUCCAUGGCCCCAGUACUGUCGAACUGGUCCCCUCCUACCUGCUGCUGGCAGAGGCCAACAUGGGUUUGGGUAAUAUAACCCUAGUGACAGAGCUCCUGUCCCAGGCUGAGUGGGCAGUCUUGAAGAGCCCAGAAUGUGGUCACGCAGUCCACCAUCGGCUGCACAGGAGCCUAGGCCGCCUCCACACAGUGACUGGAAACCUGGAAGCAGCUCUACUUAACUUUGCAAAUGAUAUACACUUUGCCAGUGAGGAGUAUGGUCUGCAUAGCACAGUCACUUGCAAUGGCUACUUUCUCAUGGCUAACGUGUUUGCCAAACAGGGGAAGAUGCCCAUUGCUCGUUCCUUGUACUCUGAGGUGGCAAAUACUUGGCACUGCCAUCUGACCAAACUCCUCAAAACCCACAUCCAAAAUAUCCAAAAUCCUGACGUGUUGUUGGAGGCCUCUUAUGACAAAGCCUGGCAAGUUGAAGUGGACAAGAUGUUCAGAGCCAUGGUGGAGUUUGAACAGAAUAACUCCAGGAAAGACUCUGCUCAGAUCGCACUGGUGACCCACUGUCUGGCCAUGCUGUGGUUUCUGGAAGGAGACUUCUUAAAGGCACUGGGAUUUGGCAGCACAGCCCUGCAGGCCAGCCAGCUGAUACCGAACCAUGACCUGACAGAGCCCAUCCAGGGCCUGUUGCAGCUAGUGAAGAGUCUGCAGACAGACCCACAUCCUGGUCCUGACUAGUCAACCUUCCUUGCUCCUCCGUCUGCUUCAAGAGGGAAAACAUAUUAGGGGACAUAUCUCUAAGGAAAUACAAACAAAUGGAUAUUAAAAAUGAGGAGAAGAGACAUUUCCAUUGGUUUUGAAUAAUGACUCAUCUUUAUUUUACUCUAAAAAAAGAGGGAUAUAUAUUUACAUCAUUUUGCACAUUUGUGAAUGACAUGAUUUUGGGAUCCAUGUUGUAACACUGUCAGAAUGAUACAGAAGAGAAUAAUAGUGAGGGCAUUUGCUGAGACUUUUUUUACGCAAUGAUUUUGCUUAUCUUGCACCUAGCAGUUCAGAAGCUCUUCAUCAAUUCACCAUAUGCAGAUAUAAUUAAAGAUAAGAUUUCUAAUGUCUAUA